AUGGCGGCUAAGCUCCAUUUUAAUUGCACGAACAAUAUGGCUGAAUAUCAAGCUUGUAUUCUUGGUUUGAAAAUGGCCAUUGACAUGAAUGUCCACGAGCUGUUCGUUAUUGGAGAUUCUGAUCUAUUAAUUCAUCAGGUUCAAGGAGAAUGGGCUGUGAAGAAUCCAAAAAUUACACCGUACGUGCAACAUGUAGAAAAGUUGUGCAAGGGAUUCCGCAAGAUCGUGUUCAUACACACUCCCAGAAUAAAGAAUUAUUUGGCUGAUGCUCUUGCCACCAUCGCAUCGAUGAUUAAGAAUCCAGAUACUGAUUACAUUAAUCUUCUAGACCUAGAGCUGAAAGAACAUUCAGUCCAUUGUUCAUACGUCGAAGCGGAACCAGAUGGUUUGACAUGGUAUUUUGAUAUAAAAAGGUAUUUGGAGUCCAAAAAUUAUUCUGAAGAUGCUAUGUUCAACCAGAAGAAGUCGAUACGUCGUAUGGCUCUCAACUUCUUUUUGAGUGGAGAACACCUUUAUAGGAGGACCCCAGAUUUAGGCCUUCUCAGAUAUUGUUGA